GUAGUUUCUAAUUCCUUUAAAAGGCCUAGUGCCCGAUAAAGGUUUAACUAGAGUAACUUAUUAUCAAAUUACAAAAUAUUAGCUACGAUCAGAUAUUUUUUUUUCCUCGAGUGUAUAUUUAUUUUUCCUUUAAUACUUAACUAGUUCAGCGGUACACAAAUGGAUAUAUACGCCUAAUAGGCAUAUAGUUACACAAAUGUACAGAAUACGAACACCUUGUGUUUAGUGUUACUGUUACACUGAAAUGGGUUAAACUAAAUGUUUGAUGCACCUCUCCAAUUAAAUCAAAUAGUUCAAUACCACAGAAAGUUAUGAAAAUGGAAAAUAUAUACAAUCUGAAGAAGCUCCAUAUUUCGUAAAGGACCCGUUCGCACCUUGGAAAAGAAAUCACAUCGGCGAUCUUCCCCCUCUUGAUGUUUUCAUAGCGAAAUAUCGAGCAAUUGGUGUUUAUCCCCUUUGAACUUGCCAAGCAGUUGCUGUGAUCACUUGAAAACCAUACUACUUUGGAUGUCUUGAGAAAGUAGUCCUAAUUGUUUUGAUGUUAAGUUUGGGAGAUUUUCACGUUCCCCCUUCAUCAUAAACUCUCUGACCAGAUAACCAGCAAUGUGGUUUGUUUCUUUCUUAAUUUUCAACUUCUUGUUGCAACAAGGUUUAUGCCUCAACCCAUUGUGUUAUGUAAUAGACUGCUGUACUAGGAGCAUUACUUUGAAUCCAGAACAGUUAAAACUUGACCUGAGAACUAUGCUUCAUGGUCAACAUUUAGCUUGGGAAACAGUUGCUAAUCAUGUCAUUUCCCACUUUUCAGAGCAGACACCCAUGAAAGCUUUAGUACUGUCGUUUCACGGAGAGACUGGAACAGGUAAAAAUUAUGCAAGUGAAAUUGUAGUUAAAAAUAUAUUCCGUAUAGGGAUGAAAAGUAGUUUUGUGCAUGUCUAUCAUGCUGCAGUUCAUUUCCCUCAUGUAUCCAUGUCUCAUAUUUAUAUUGAAAAGUUAAAGACUGAAAUUAAAAAUGCUGUUUAUUUAUGUCCAAGAGCAGUUUUUAUUUUUGAUGAGUUUCAUUUAAUGCCACCAAAUGUUAUUGACAUCCUCCAAGUUUACUUAGAUUUCCAUCAUAAAGUGGACGGCAUCGACUUUCGUAAAGCUGUAUUUAUAUUUUUAUCUAAUCUUGCUUCGGAGAAUAUCAGAACAUUUACUAUAUCGCAAUAUCUGAAAGGUAUUGAUCGACACGAUAUCAAACUACGAGACUUAGAAUCCAGCAUUGCACACACUUCACUCACUGAAAAGGGAGGUUUUUAUGGUAGUGAUCUGAUUAAAAGUCAUGUAGUGACUGCCUAUAUCCCCUUUCUGCCUUUACAGCGUAAACACGUAAAACUAUGCAUCCAUGAUGAACUGCAACGACGUAAUAUGGGCAAGAUCUACACUGAAGAAUUUAUUGACAAAAUAUUAAUAGAAUUACAUUUUGUAAACAGUUUUUCAGAGACUGGCUGUAAACGUGUUUUUGAAAAAGUGGCUUUUGCUCUCGUUAAUGAAGAACUAUGACAUUGAUGGCUAUUGCUCUAUUCGCAGUUUUUACCACUGAAGAUAUUUAAGAAUGUUUUACUGCUCUGUAAAACUCUUCACUUUAUCGAAAAAAUAGAAGAAAUUUAUUUCACCAUUGGACAAUGCUGUUAUUUGUAUUAAAGUCCUUUUUUUUUAA